GUGAUCAUCAUUGACAUGGUCUUAUCCUGUGGUCCUUAGGGAGUCAAUCAGUAGGUUAGAGUGUCCGGGUAGGUCUACGUGGUGAGGAGUGGGACCUUUGUCGUGCACCAACACCACGAUGGAUGACUAUCCGAUGUAUGGGCUACUUGUUGGGUUCUCCCUCUGGGGGACCCUUUGGCGUCUCCUCUUGCCUCCAGUCUUUUGGCCCACUUUCACGUGUAGAGUAGGGCCCACUCGUGGUGGGACUUCCACCAACCCCUACACGAAGGAGGAGGAGGAGAAGAUGGCCGCCAUUCUGCAGGAGAAGAAGGAGAAGGAGGCCAAGAAGAAGGCCUUGAAGGAGGAGCAGGCGGCCAAACUGAAGAAGAUAGAGGAAGAGAUGGCCAAAGAGAAGGAGAGGAUACAAAAAGAAGAAGAAGAGAAGUUGAAAGAGGUGGAAGAGGAAGAUGAUGAAACGCCAUUGCAGAGGAAGAGGGUGCAGUACAAUGGUAGUAGGGAUGAAGAGAUGGAGAAGCGAAUCUCCGAGUGGGUCGCCAACUUAUCCCUGGGCGAAGAAGAAGAGGUGGCGAUGUAUAUCUCUAAAGAUGAUCAGGAAGCCGCUAUGAGAGCUUGGGAAGCAGAAAAGGAUGUUGUGAAGCGGCAGGCAUUGGAAGACGAAAAGAGGAUGGAGUGGAAGUUGGCAGUAUUGAGGGAUAAGAAGAGGAGAGUGGACGCGGCAGCGGAGGCGGCAGAAGAAUUAGAGGACGUAAAGAAUAUAGAAGAGCAGCUGGCCGCCCAGACCGAACUCCCAGCGCAAAUGCGAGUCAUAGCCCGAAACGUUGCACGCAUACAGGCGGAGCAAUAUGAUUUUAGUAGGAGUCAACACAUAGCUGCACGUUCCAUAAAGUUGGGGUUUCGGGACUUUGCGCCUGAGCUGGUAGGCGCUAUAGGGACCGAGGUGGGUCACCGCCUCGACAAGACUGAGCGGUUCUGUGUCGGCGCCAUUGAGGGCGUCAAAGCGGCAGCUCCCAAGGAGGAGGAGGCACGUCCUCCUCGUCGGGAACCGGUCAAAGUCAAAUUCCCUGAUUCCUACAGUGGAAAAAGGGAAGAGAACUUCGACAAUUGGGAGGCCAAUGACAAGACCUAUGUGCAUCUGCAACAGGUCUCCCCGGAUCAGCAGGUUCUAAUUCCGAUUCAGGCGCUCAGAGAUGAAGCCGCCAGCUUUGCAAGGUCCCUAGUUCGCACUGCCAAUUGCAGCGAUGACCCUGUUGCGUACUCCUCGUUCACUUCCCUCACUGAGUUCUUGAAGUUGUUGCGCGAGAGGUUCGCCGAUGUCGCCCGUAGCGUUAAGGCCUCAGACAGGCUGCAGACGAUCCACGCUCGUAAGUGGAAGAGCACCAGGGCACUUAAGAGUACCAUGGACGAACUGGUAGCUGUCCCUGACCACGGAGUUACAGACACCCAGUUGGUUGGCCUCUUUUAUCGGGCUAUACCGGAAGCCCUCCGAGGGCAUUUCUUCGCAAAGAGCGAAGACCCUGCCACUACAUACGAUUCCCUUAGUCACGAAGUAGUGGCUUUUGAAGCCAAGUCUGCGUCUGUGUCCACUUUCUGGCACAAGGACUUGGACAAGGAUCCCAUAGUUAGUAUCCUCGCAGACAAUCGUACUAUGGUUGUAGAGGAGUACGUAGAGGGAGUCCAGGCGUAUUUCCGCCUAGAGAAGGAUGGGAAAGUGGAGAAGGUCCUCCACUCCCUGACUCUCCUCGUAGAAGACAGCCUCCCAUUCGACAUUGUUCUGGGAAUGGAUUGGGGAGAGGCAGCCGGGGCCACGCUCCAUUUGAAGGAGCACGAGUGUAGGCUCCCUAGUUCUUCAGGCGAGGCUAAGACUGCCCGCAUGUUCCAUGUGUCAGGCGAAGAGAAUUCCUUGGCACAUUGUUGCCUGAGCGCGCCCGCAUUCGCCAGAUUGGUGAAGAAGGAGAAAUUGGAGGAACAGGUCUUUGUCGCCUAUAUUAGGCCAGUGGCUGAGCCUAAGGAAGAGAAGCCCGUAGACCCUACUAUUGCCAAAUUGUUGGAAGAGUUUUAAGGAUUUAACUAAGCCGCCGAUAGGCACGGUGCCGCGGCCCAUUCAGCACCGUAUUGAGAUAGAGCCUGGCAGUAGAACUCC